CCUCGCCAUUUGUCAAUCCGCACCUUUCGUGUCCCAUUCACUCUACUGCUCCAAAUACACCCGGAAACCAUCAUUGUGAUCUGUAGCUGUUGAUGAUAUUUCCUCGACUUCUCAGAGCAUCGUCUUUGUCGUUUCGAAAUACUCCACGUUUCACUAUCUCACAGGUUCCGCGUGUAGCAUCAUUCAGCGCUAGGGCAAGCAUGGCUCAGGAAUUUAAGCUCAAAGGCGUCUCGUCGCCUCUCAAUCUCCAAAACUUUGAUAAGCAGGAGGUCGAGGUUGAAGGUGUCGAGGGAGGCAAGGUCCUAUUGCUGAAGGUCCAGGACAAGAUCCAUGCAACGUCGGCGAACUGCACGCAUUUUGGUGCACCAUUGAAGAAUGGUGUACUUACUCCGGAGGGUCGCUUGACUUGUCCGUGGCAUGGAGCAUGCUUCAAUGUGUCAACUGGAGAUGUAGAGGAUGCCCCUGCUCUUGACCCUUUGUCCAAGUACGAGAUUGUGGAAAAGGAUGGCGCAGUUUACAUCAAGAGCGAUGAGGGCUCGAUCAAGGCCAACAGGAGAUUCCUGAACUUGAAGUGCUCAGCAAAGAGCGACGAGCAAGUGCUCGUUAUCGGCGGUGGCAGCGGUACGCUUGGAGCAAUUGAGGGACUUCGUGGCGGCGGUUUUAGUGGAAAGAUCACUGUCAUUUCAAAAGAGGGUUACCGGCCCAUUGACCGGACUAAAUUAUCCAAGGCAUUGCUCGCGGAUCUCUCUAAAGCAGCUUGGCGAUCCCAGGAUUUCUACAAAGACGCAUCGAUAGACAUAACACAGGACGAGGUCGACAAGGUUGAUUUCGCUAGCAAAAAGGUAUCAACAAAAUCCGGCAAAACGCACGAGUAUUCCAAACUAGUCCUCGCUACUGGCGGUACUCCGCGAUGGCUACCGCUCGAGGGAUUGAAGGGCGACCUUGGAAAUGUAUUCCUGCUCAGGUCCCUUGAAGAUACACAGAACAUUGUCAAGGCGGUAGGGGACAAUGGCAAGAAGAUUGUCGUUGUUGGCAGCUCAUUUAUUGGCAUGGAAGUCGGCAACUGCCUUGCAGGAAUGAAGAAUGAUGUUACCGUCAUUGGUAUGGAGCAAGAACCCAUGGAAAGGGUGAUGGGCGCCAAGGUGGGAAAAAUCUUCCGCGGACUCCUUGAAAAGAAUGGUGUCAAGUUCUACAUGGGAGCGAGCGUCGAGAAAGCCACACCUUCCAGCACCGACUCAAGCAAAGUGGGUGCUGUUCACCUGAAAGACGGGACGGUUCUCGAGGCCGAUCUCGUUAUAGAGGGUGUCGGUGUCGCACCAGCCACCGAGUACCUGAGAGACAACAGCGCCAUCAAGCUCGAAAAGGACGGGUCUAUCCGCACAAACGAGUCCUUCGAGGUCCAAGGACUCGACAAUGUCUUUGCGAUCGGUGACAUUGCCACGUACCCGUACCACGGACCGGGAGGAAACGGAUCGCCCACCCGCAUCGAACACUGGAACGUUGCGCAAAACGCAGGCCGCUCCGUGGCGAAAACGAUCAACAACCCCAGUGCCAAACCGAAGCCUUUCAUCCCUGUCUUCUGGUCUGCUCUAGGUGCCCAGCUCCGGUACUGCGGUAACACCGUCAGCGGGUACGACGAUGUCGUCUUGCAAGGCGACACCGAAAAACCGGCGUUUAUCGCGUAUUAUACUCAGGGCGACACAGUCGUGGCCGCGGCAUCUAUGAUGAAGGACCCCCUAGUAAUGCAGACUGCAGAGUUGAUGAGGAGGGGCAAGAUGCCUGGGAAGAAGGAGCUACAGGACGGUGUUGACAUUCUCAGCAUCAAUUUACCGUCCGAGAUCAAGAUGUAGUUCAACCAUCGAUCGGAAGUAACCGUGGGAAAGGAAACUCACAGGUGUAUAGCUAAUGACAUAAUACAUCGAGUUAAUUCAAUCAUCGAUAUUUCUGCUUGC